UGCUCAGACAACAAGGUCAGGGCAUUGUUAGUGGAUUUUAGCAGAUAUGGGCAAGGACAACAUGUUAGAUGUUGCUGAGUUCACCAUAGCAAUGCAUCUGAUCCAAGGACUUCUUCAAGGCAAGAGUCUGCCCAAAGUGCUCCCAGAUUUCCUCCAGUUGCCCUCUGUUCAACAAGUUCUGGUUCCAGUCAUAGAAGACAGAGAGAGGGCAGCCUAUCAGGCUGUGUUCAGUGUGGAAGACACAGCAAAUAGAGGUUUUGUUGAUGGUAAGUGUGCUUAUCCAGUCUUUCUGGAGAGCAGACUUCCCCUGGGUGAACUAGCUCUGAUAUGGGACCUGGCUGACCACGAUGCCAGUGGGACACUUGACAAAGAAGAAUUUGCCGUCGCCUGUCAUCUGCUUAAAUAUGCCAAAGAAGGUAACAAGAUUGAAGGACCUGUGGAUUUUCUCUCUCUGGCACCUGCAAAAGCUCUACCUGGAACUCUGCUGUCGAAGAACAGGAGGUAAACUCGAGUUUUUUUAAUUAGUUGGUUUUAAAUGUAAAGUUAGAUAUAAGAAAUAGACCUGAGCCUAACCGAAGACUAUAAAAAUUGUAUUAAAUAUUUACUUUUUAGUUUUGUUCACUGCACUAAAUAUUUUCAUGGUAAUUCUUAAAUAUCCAUUUUAAAUGUUUAGAAAUUAUGGCUCAUAGAAUGGUAGUAAAGGUGCUAAAUGUAUAUUGCUUUGUAGGCCAUUGAAUACUGUUGCAUAUAGAAAUGCACUCUGAUGUUUGUAACUUGGU